AUCUACCUCUUUCUCUUCCACUCUCUUACAAAGUGAAUAGAAAAAUGGCUCUAUGUAGGAGACCAUAUGCUUAUUCAAAGAUGAAUAAGGAAGACCCUGAAGAGAUAAUUCAUAGACGGGCACAGUUCUUGAUCUACAAAGUGUUGGAGAAAGCAGAUUCACGUGGAAAACCAUCAUGCAUGAGGAUCAGAAUAUCUAAGCUGAAGGUGAAGAUUGGAAAAAGGUUAAGGAAGCUCAGGAAGAGAAUUAUGUCAGGUGUUUCUUCAGCUAAAGUUGGCAUUCAAGGACACUUUAUGAGUCAUGUGAAAACAUGGAAGCGAUUGUUUGGUGGAGGAAGACAAACAACCCUUAUAAGCCUUCCUCCUCUUAUCAAAUGAUGUGUAUGUGUGUGUAAAAAUAUUACUAGGAAAAUGAUGUUUUGUAAUAAAAUGUCAUCUUUACUUGUGUUUU